CUGCGUUGUUACCCGUUGUGUGUAGGGACCUAACCAGGUACGGAUCGCCGAAAUCGCACGUUCCAACUGUACAAACAUAGAACAUUAAAAAGCGUUAUCCUCAUAAAUAUAAAUAGUAAAUGCAUCGAACGCGCAAAAAUUAAUUUGUAUAUAAACAUGUAUAAUUUAUUGAUUGACCAAUCACUCCUAUUAUUUUUGUUUUGGUUUUUUUUUUCUUGCCGCUAAGUGAACUUGGGGUGGGAUUCAGUAGAAUUGAAGAUAAUAGAGCUGUUGCUAAGAUAAAACGAAGUAUCUUCCUAACUGUGAAUGGAGACAAAUCACUAAUGAACCUAGCUACCUAUGACUUAGUUUUCUUCCCGAUCCAGCUGGCGAUGCAUUAUUUCCUGGUUUGUUUUGAUCUGAAGAAUCCUACAAUUUUCGUUGUCGACAGCAUUGAUAUGAAAACAAAAAAAAGAUUAAAAAAGGCUGAGAGGGAACUAGAUGAGAAGCAUGUGCAGGACAUGAAUGAGAAAGUUUUGAAAGUGAGACAUCAUUUUGCGAAUUAUCUACAAUCGGUGGGACAUGUGAAGACAAGUGUCAUUAGAGCCCAGACACCCAAAUGGGUGAAAUUAAGGUGGGCAACAUACGGCAACUAUGUAGAGUCCGGUAUCUACAUGAUGCGGCAUAUGGAGACCUACAUGGUCAAGAGAGAAAGAAAUUUCGAAUGUGGCUUCGCUUUGGGGGGUGCUAAACAAAAGCAACAACUGCUAAGUUUGAAAAAGAAGUAUGCGGCGAAGAUCCUUUUGUCAGAUGCUAACAUUCUACGCGGUGACAUUGCGAAGGUUAUUGAAGAACAAGGAACCGUGAAGUAGUAGUAUAAUAACGGUUAUAGUGUUUUUGCGUGGCAUAAUGACUGUUUUGGGAAACCUGAUGGUUUAAACUUUUUUUCUUUUUCUUUUUUUUUUUUGCAAUGUGUUUUCGAGUUUUAUUUUAGGACCUGUUGAUAACUCAAGUUUGGGUUUUAUGUUUGAAGUAUGAAAUGUUUUAAUUGAAUAUGUUGGAUGGUACCUUUAAUUUUGAGUACUGUAUGUAUUAAAUAAUGCUUCAUAUCAUGUCUAUUGAUUGUGUUUGAGGUGCGUUCGC